UCUGGUUUACGCUUUUGCCAACGAAACUUGUUCGAAAGUACACUUACCCCUUGUUGUUUUUAAUUAGAAACGCAAAAAAGUUUUGAGAAAUAAAAUAAAUAUAUUAAUCACAAGCAUUAUCUGUGAAUAGGAAAAAUACAGUGCCAGUGAAAUACAUUUUGCAGUCUUUGGGAAAGCAUUGAAGGACUCUAACCAAAUCUGGCGAGUUUUUACGCUCUAUUUGUGGGAAAACGCGACGUUCGUUUUCUGGUUGAAUGUGCGAAGAAUAGCAAUACAAAAUGAAAUAAAUUAUUUUUCAUUACGUCAACAAAAAAGCUUAAAAACAAAUACAUCGCUGUAGAGAUAAAUGUACACAGAUGUGCAAAAAAAUUUUUGUGAAGAAACAUAAAAGUUAACGGUGCCAAUAUACACAGGACAACAAAAAUAUUAAAUUUUACAUAAAUACAAUGUAUGUGUAAUAAUUAACAGUAAUAUUGCAUAUUUCGCAUGCAUCGGUACAGUUUUAUGUGUUGGUAGUUAGUGGCGUUGAAAACAAUCAUAUCCGAAUUACCGCUGAUAGCAGACGUAUUUUAUGUGCUGCAGAAAAUUAUUCAAAUUUCAUAUAGCAUACAACAUAUAGUGACCGCUUAAACUCGUGCACCGUUAAUCUAUAUAUAUAUUAUUUAAGCUUACAUCUAAAGCAGCAAGUUUGCAAAAAAUUAGCAGUGAAUGCAGCAAAGGAAACGUGAUUAUUUAAAAUGGAGGAAAUUGUUAAAGAAGACAUGUUGACUGAAUUGCUGUCGGCUUUCUCGAAAAAAGCAUUUGAUGCUUGUACAACUGAGCCAAGUAAAUUAGACAUAACCACGAUGGAAAAGGUGGAAAUUCUGAUGCAGCAGGACUACAGUCUCUUCGAAAUAGACAACAGUGGCGGCGUACUUAGUGGCUGUUAUCCACCACGCAUCCUCGUGCCUGAAUACGAGCAUAACGGCAUUGCCAAAAAACACACUGCCAAUUCAGUGAGCAGACAGAAUGGUAGCUCCAAUGGCUCGAAUACCAAUGGCAGCGGCGGCGGUGAUACAUCGAAUGGCGAUUCGAUAAUUCAAAAAACUCAACAGCAAACGUCUGAGAGGAGCAGUAAUACAUCCACGACGCCAGUGAUUGAAGAUAACGAAAAAAAGAAUGGCAACAGCAACGGUAAUAGUAACGGCAAUGGCUUUGACACAUGCCCAGAAAAUGGUAGUGACGGCGAUAGUGGUGUACAAUCAUUUGUUAGAGUUGCAUCGAAGCCGGCACGACCGCAGCGUCCGCAAAAAACCAUCUACGAAGAGGUGUAUGAUGCGAAUAAAAUGCGUGAGUUCAUUACACGUGCUCGCUAUGCACGUUGUCGUCAACGUUUUGUGGUGCCUGUUAUCCUUUGCCGUGGCAAAUUUAUUUGUCGCUCAGCGACAGUCUCUGUGGUACAGGAAACUUACAUUAAUUUUGGCCGCGACUACCUGUCGGGCAAUGGUAAUGAAACACAACAACGAACAGUAGACGUAGAAAAUGAAUCCCUGGGCAACUCAAUUAACGAUCCACCUUCGCCUUUUUCCUACAGAGAGGUGAUUAAAAACGACAUUGGUCUGUUAAAAACGCUCAAUAUCAAAACCAUCGUGGAUCUGAUGGUCGAAAAACGGAAAGUCAAAUUUUUCGUUGCAAUAUCUUCAUCGGAGAAAGCCGAUCCGCAACAUUACGAACAAUUCAAUUUGCUCUCCCUGCCAUAUCCGGGUUGCGAGUUCUACAAGAAAUUCCGCGAUCACAAUUAUAUUGCAAGCAAUUUGUACUACAAUUGGGAGAAAUCAUUUAAUGAUGCCGAUAUUAGUAUACCUGCAGGACCUGCUAUGGAUCUUGACAUAAAUUGGGAUGAAUAUAGAAAAUGGGAUUUGGUGGAGAUCACACAAAAUUACCUCAAAGCAAUACUUAAAUAUGUGCAAGAAGAAACUGGUGGCUUGCUGGUGCACUGUAUCAGCGGUUGGGAUCGCACACCACUCUUCAUAUCGUUACUACGCCUAUCGCUUUGGGCGGACGGUCUCAUACAUAAAUCUCUAGAUGUUCUAGAAAUCACAUACCUUACUGUGGCCUAUGAUUGGUAUUUGUUUGGUCAUCAAUUGCCUGAUCGUGAGAAGAAAGGCGAAGAUAUAAUACUCUUCUGCUUUCACAUGCUGAAAUUUCUCGGCAGCGAGGAGUUUAGUUUGGUGGAGCAUAGGAAACGAACAAAAACGACUAGUAGUAGCAGCAGUAUCGGCUUAAUAUCAAAACCAGAGGAUGAUGCCAAGUUGAGGGAAGAACUAUAUGCGGCCGCCUGCGAACAAGAUAGUAAUGAUAGUUUUUCUGGUACUUCCAACUGUGAUGUUCAGCUUACUGACGCAGUAAGCGCUAUGACAUUGCCUUGUGCAUCAAUACAGGCAAAUGAGUGUAAUAAUACACUCACUAGUCGUUCGCCAAAUUCUAGACGUGCCACCCAUUUCUUCCAUAGCUCAAGGACUAGCCCCAUGCCCGUGCCUGGCGCAAAUGCGUCACGUCAACGCCAUGAAUCAGUAUCAUCGAAUAGCAGUUGGCAUGUGGUAACAGAGACUGGCUCCAUAGACUCCGUCCUGGCUGGCAGUUAUAUGCGUCAUUAUCUGGCCGAACGUUCGGAGAAUAGUUCGGUGACUUCAAAUAACAGCAUUCCUUCGAGUAAUCGCUCUAGCUCCGGUAGCAAUGGGAACAGUGGUAGUGAUACACUUGAUUGUGGUGUAAGCCCACAUAAUACGAGUGGCGGUAGUGACAACAGCCAAAAUAGUGGUGAAAGUUACAAAAGUGCUUUGAGCGAUCCCAACAGCGGCAACAAUGGUGCACUUCCAACCACAGCUGAAGGUGUCCAGUCUGACUGCAGCACUGAUCUCGCUGAUUCAGCGCCUUCAUCGAAUGGCAGAAGAGGAGCUACAGAGCGUGAGAAACGUUUGAACUCUGUGCGUGCGGUAUUAAUACGCAACUAUGGCAAAGGUGUGGGAUUGAAAUUGAGGGAUGGUUCCGGCUUAAGUAUUGGCACGUUUAUUGGAACACUAUUCUAAAGAGAAAUGAUGCAACAUGACAAGCGGCAUGAAUCAUGUGCACGCACAUACAAAAACACACAUAAAAACACAUUUACAUACACAUACAAUUUUAAAAUUAACAUUUAUUUUUAUUCUCAUAACGGUGUUAUUUUCGUGAAAAUUAAAAAAAAAUAGACAUAAAUUGUAUAAUGGUCGAACUGCAGUUUACGACUUCUGUUAUCAACAAAUGUUAGGUUAUUUUGGAAAAUUCAUGUGGUAUUCUUAAUUUUAAUGAGAGUAACACUACUUAAUUAUUGCUUUAACUUUUAUAAUAAAUUGUUACUUCGUUUAAACGAAUGGGCAAUUUUUUGGUUGUCAAUGUAUAGCGGUUUGUUUAAAUUUUAAAAAAUGUAUGUCUUUUUUAAUCGACACUAAAUAAAAUUAUUGUAUUCGCUUCAUAUAAACGAUAACGGUUAGGUUUGUAUAAUAAUGAAACCGUUAAACUAAGCCAAACACUUUCCUUAAAAACGAAAACUCUAGAAUAGAAUUGUUCAAGUACGUAUCGUCGUCAGACUGGCAAUUGCUUUAAUUUUAGCAUUAAGUGCAUAUGUAUGUGUAUAUUUUUAUUCUAGAAGAAAUCAUGUUGAAUUUGCUAUUUUACAUUUAAGUUUCAAUCACUACAAAACUUUUACAAUUUAUGUUUGUUUAAAAAUUACAGUUUUAAGUGUUCUUUCUGCUUUAUUGUAUGUAUACAUAAAUAUAUCGAACGGUACGCAUUUUUUAAUUACGACUUAUUGAAUUUUACGUUAUGUCAAAAGUCACUGAGUAAAAACAUUGACGCUGCCGCCGCACUAUUUUGUAAUUUUGAUAUGAAAUUUUGAUAUUAAAAUAUACUAGUGUGUGCAUUUCCCUCCCGUU